AUGGGAUCAGUUGGCGGACAGCUGGAGUUCGUUUCUGUUGGGUCCAAAGGAGUCUGGGGAGUGAAUCACCUUGACGACGUCUUCUACCAUGUGAGAGGCUUUGAUAUCAAUCCAAGUAACUUGCCCGUGAGUUGGGACCAGACAGAGGGUACCCUUAAACUGAAGCAGAUCUCGUCAGGACGCUCAGUCUGGGGCAUCAGCGCCAAUGGCGACGUCUUAAUUCGACUAGGUAUGGCGUUAACUUAUGGGUCCACCUGGGAAACUGUUCAAGGCGUGAAGCUGAAGCAACUGGACGCGAGCUCUAACGCAAACCAGCUCUGGGGGGUUGAUUCAAACAACAACAUCUUUCGACGGACAGGAAUCAGCCCAAAUCGACCUGCUGGUACAGAUUGGGAACAAAUAGAUGGCUCAAUGAAGUUCGUCACCGUUGGCCCCGCGGGCGUUUGGGCCGUGGACGCAAACGACGACAUUUUCUACCGCACGGGAACUUUUGGAAACAAGGCGUCAUCAGGCAGCGGUUGGAAGCAAAUCGAGGGGAAACUCAAACAGAUUUCAUCAGGAGACAAUAUUGUCUGGGGAGUACACGUUAACGACGACAUCUAUGUUCGAGAAGUUCCAUCGGAUUGCCAGGUGGGAAAUGGGGAGUCCUACCGAGGAACAGUCUCUGUGACUACAACAGGCAAGACGUGUCAGCGCUGGGACAGUCAGACACCUCAUGUACACGACAAAACACCCGCUAAUAAUCCUUCAGCCGGACUGGAGCAGAACUACUGCCGGAAUCCUGACGGUUACACCGGUGGAGUUUGGUGCUUCACCACGGAUCCCGGCACGGAAUGGGAGGCUUGUGACCUACCAGUAUGUGUUUCAUGGGAUUGUCAGGUGGGGAAUGCGCAGUCCUACCGAGGAGCAGUCUCUGUGACUACUACAGGCAAGACGUGUCAACGCUGGGACAGUCAGACACCUCAUCCACACAACAGGACACCCGCCAAUCAUCCUUCAGCCGGACUGGAUCUGAACUACUGCCGGAAUCCUGACGGCUACACCGGAGUUUGGUGCUACACCACGGAUCCCGGCACGUUAUGGGAGGCUUGUGCUAUACCAGAAUGUGUUUCAUGGGAUUGUCUGGUGGGAAAUGGGGAGUCCUACCGAGGAACACUCUCUGUGACUACAACAGGCAAGACGUGUCAACGCUGGGACAGUCAGACACCUCAUGUACACACCGCGACACCCGCCAAUCAUCCUUCAGCCGGACUGGAGCAGAACUACUGCCGGAAUCCUGACGGCUACACCGGAGUUUGGUGCUACACCACGGAUCCCGGCACGUCAUGGGAGGCUUGUGACGUACCAGUAUGUGGUUGUCAGAAAGGAAAUGGGGAGUCCUACCGAGGAGCAGUCUCUGUGACUACAACAGGCAAGACGUGUCAACGCUGGGACAGUCAGACACCCCAUGUACACACCGCGACACCCGCCAAUCAUCCUUCAGCCGGACUGGAGCAGAACUACUGCCGGAAUCCUGACGGCUACAUCGGAGUUUGGUGCUACACCACGGAUCCCGGCACGUUAUGGGAGGCUUGUGCCGUACCAGUAUGUGGAUAAAGGCCUGACUGGACGGUUUAUGAUUGAAUGGCAAUACAAAAGCUUGACUUGGAUAUGAACUGUCGUUAAUGAAAAUGCGAUUGGAAUCUCACUUGGAAAGCCCCCUUAAUGGCUUUCUUUUUUUGUAAUGAAUGAAUAAAAGGAGCAAUCAAAACUAGAAUGGCCCAAUUUGAUAGGGAAAAAACAACAUAUUUCACUCGAUUCUCCGACACAUGCGCGGAUGGAUGGUCCCAUGUCAACUUUUUUUUCAAAAAUGGACAACACCAAUGUUACUUCUACUCGACAAUGGACUAUCCAAACAUCGUCCCACUCCAAAUACUUGACCCUUAUGCAAAAUGAACUAUUUCGAAGGCACUUUUAACCAAAAAAAUCUUAACAAACAUUGAUUAGAUCUGUGGAUAUAUGUCCAAAGUCUCAAAAUGUCUUAUAAUAUUCAAUAUCCAAUUUUUUAGAGUAUGCAAAUAAUUCCGAGUCCUUGUUAAAGUUAUCAUCAUUGAUUACCAAAUAACGAAGUUCUAUACUAUUCACCAUGUAAAAGGCAUAGAAAAAAAACGCGAAGGAAAAUCACACAAGAAACAUCAGGUAAAACUAAAAAAGAAUUCCAUAGUUCGACAAAAUAGUUAGUAAAUAAGUAAAUUAGUAAAUAAGUAAAUAAGUUAGUAAAUAAGCAAAUAAGUUAGUAAAUAUAGUUCGACUAACCUAUCACAUAGUUCGUAAGUAAGCGACUUACCUAUUAUAUAGUUUGACUAUUCUAUAACAAGGUCAGUAAAUAGGCCACUUACCUGUUACAUAGUUCGACUAACCAAUUACAUAGUUCGUGAAUAAGCGAGUUACCUAUUACAUAUAUCGACUAACCUAUAUAUAGUUCGUAAAUAAUCGACUUACCAGUUACAAAGUUCGACUAACCUAUUUCAUAGUUCGUUAAUAAUCGACUUACCUAUUACAUAGUUCGUAAAUAAUCGACUUACCUAUUACAUAGCUCAACUAACCAAUUACAUAGUUCGUAAAUAAUCGACUUACCUAUUACAUUGUUCAACUAAUCAAUUAC